AUGGUACCAGUGCCUGCAUCCCUUCCCGCUCCUGUUCCCGUGGGUUUCGUAAAAGUCGAACCCGGAAUGAAUCUCGAGCGGAAUGCUAUCGCAAAGGCAUCGCUUGAAUACAAGUAUGAUAUCGUCAAUAUCAUCGAUCCUGGCAAUGGUACCAAGGGCGCCAUGAAUGCUAGUGUAUUUGUUAAAAACUUCAGAGAAGAGAAUGAUCACAUUAUAGAAAUGAUCAAGAGAGAGAUCAGAAUCAUCAGGGCUCUGAAGUGCAACUCGCUCGUACAAUAUGUCAAUGGCUUCAUACAAGAGGAUCCCUUUGAGGCAAAUGUUUAUAAUGGAAAUCUAGUGGAAUAAGAGGUAAUAGGGCAGUGUGCCCAUAAGUAAUGUACGCCAGUAUAACGCUGCAAAUCUGAUCGGUUGCGGGGGAGAAAAAGAUAGACCAAUAAAUAGAUGGAAUUUGUUCUAUACCCCGAUAUAGUUCAUGAAGUAUCGCAUUGUUGUGCCGUUCUUUUACAUACCCAUAUUUCAAAUAGCUUGACCAAUCGUGAAAGAAAAUUGUGUUGCAAUAGUUGACGAAGCCAUUCAACCGUCGGGUAGGCCAAUAACCUAUACACGGAUGACGUCAUGAGACAAAGAUAGGAUUUGCAUACACAGGAGAACCCCACGUAUUCGAUGCGAACAAGGAAGAAAAAUCG